CUUCCAGAUGAACUUUUGCUCCAAAUUCUUGGACAUCUUGAUUACCCUUUCCUACUGGCUGUCUCUAGAGUGUCACACCGACUUCGUUCUGUUUCCCUUGAUCGUGUUUUGCAUUUGCAGCGUCUGCACAAGUCGUCUGUAGACCUGUCGUUUUUCUUACCAACCCGGCCUUUGCUACGAUCCCUCCAGCCUCCUGCUUCGGCAAUUUAUUUGACUCGCACACAUGUCGCUGCACGCCAUCUCCAUUUCCGCUUACUAUCAGCAACUCUCAAUCGCUCGUUAUCACGGCGACCGUCUGUGACUUCGCUUGUCAACGCUCGAAUUCUCCCCAAGGAUUGCUGUCGCCGUGAUCGUUCAAGUGGAGAUAUCAUCGUCGCGCAUUCUGGACUGUUUGAACGCAAGCGCAAGCUUGAGCUAGAGAAAUUCAAAGAGGGUAUGCGAGCGUGGCUUGAGAAGAAGGCUCGCGCGAUCAAGAAGCACAAGUCGCAUAUAGGGGACGUUGGUAUUCUGGUAUGGAGGUUUACCAAGAGAAGUAAA